AUGGGGCUAACACUGUUCAGUGCUCUUCUUAGCAUCUUCUUUAUUUCUGCUGUGGAAUGUGGGCCUUUACUGACCGAUCAGCCACAUUUCUCUGAUGAAUUUGCACGAACAAAAGUCGUCCCGCUGUGUUCAGCCACGGAAGGAAAAGAUCCACAAACAUGUCUCAGUCGAACUUUCCAAAAUGCUACGGGAACGAGCAAAAUCGAUAAUGCUAUAGUUGGGUCAAAACGACCUGAAGUUAGGCAGGCAAAUUUCCAGGCACUUCGUAAAGUCACUGUUCGUUGUGACCAUUGGGAUACUGACACCUGCAAUGCAUAUGUGGCAUUGAAUCAUGCGGAUAAAGCGAUAAUGAUGGCAUACAGAGGUACUAUCGGACAGACGCAAAUGAUAUACGAAUCACUAUCUACCGUGUUUCAAAACAGAACCGCAUGGGUUGCGGGAGGCACUGUGUCCACAUAUUUCUUCAAUGCUUUCACUGCGGUUUGGAAUGGGGGAAUCAAGGACGCCUUUCUAUCCGCAUCUAACAAAUACAAAGAGUACGAGUUGUGGAUUGUUGGUCACUCCCUCGGUGGGGCAAUGGCAUCGUUGGCAGCAUCGUACAUAGAAAAGAUGAGACUGUUCGAUGGAAACAGGAUAAAAUUGGUCACCUUUGGACAGCCGAGAACGGGUGACAAAGCUUUUGCGGCCGCACAUGGAAACCAGAUCCCAUACACAUUCCGUGUUACUCACAGCCAUGAUGUUAUACCACACGUUCCUGAAGAGAACUUCCGUCAGUACUACCAUCAUAAAUCCGAGGUUUUCUACAACAACGAUAUGACGACGGCAGAUUAUGUGGAAUGCGAUGAAGGAGAGAGCCUGGAAUGUAGUGAUCAAUACGUGGAUAGAUCGUUCAAUGAUCAUCAUCGUUAUUUUAAUGUUUACAUCUCUAGUUGGGGAGAAGUCGGAUGCACUGGUGAUCCUGUGAACCCCUCAGGAAGUUCUGUACACUAA